AUGUUUCCGCACAAGCCCCGGCAGCCGCACUUGAGGUCGCGAACGACUGCAGAAACGGGAGCUCCCAACACCAUCCCGCCUCCUCGUUUCCCCUUCUCGCCACCCCAAUUCGCGUUCCCGCCUCCCCGUUUCCCCUUUCCGCUCCCCAUUACCCCUUCCCGCCUCCCCGUUUCCCCUUCCCACUCCCCAUUACCCCUUUCCGCCUCUCCGUUUCCCCUUCCCGCCCCCCCAUUACCCCUUCCCGCCUCCCCGUUUCCCCUUUCCGCUCCCCAUUACCCCUUCCUGCUCCCCAUUACCCCUUCCCGCCUCCCCGUUUCCCCUUCCCGCCUCCCCAAUUCCCCUUCCCGCCUCCCCCUUUCCCCUUCCCGUUCUGCAUUUCCCCUUCUCGCCUCCCCGUUUCCCCGUCCCGCUCCCCGUUUCCCCUUCCCGCCUUCCCGUUUCCCCGUCCCGCUCCCCGUUUCCUCUUCCCGCCUCCCCGUUUCCCCUUCCUGCUCCCCAUUUCCCCUUCCCGCCACCCCGUUUCCCCUUCCCGCCUCCCCAAUUCCCGUUCCCGCCUCCCCAUUUCCCCUUCCCGCCUCCCCGUUUCCCCUUUCCGCUCCCCAUUACCCCUUCCCGCUUCCCCGUUUUAACUUCCCGCUCCCCAUUACCCCUUCCCGCCUCCCCGUUUCCCCUUCCCGCCUCCCCAAUUCCCCUUCCCGCCUCCCCGUUUCCCCUUCCCGUUCCGCAUUUCCCCUUCCCGCUGUUGGAGUGGUUCCCAACACCCGCCUCCCCGUUUCCCCGUCCCGCUCCCCGUUUCCCCUUCCCGCCUUCCCGUUUCCCCGUCCCGCUCCCCGUUUCCUCUUCCCGCCACCCCGUUUCCCCUUCCCGCCUCCCCAAUUCCCGUUCCCGCCUCCCCAUUUCCCCUUCCCGCCUCCUGUUUCCCCUUCCAGCUCCCCAUUUCCCCUUCCUGCUGCCUCAUUUCCCCUUCCCGCCUCCCCAUUACCCAUUCCCACGUCCCUGCUUCCCCUUCCCGCUCCCCAUUACCCCUUCCCGCCUCCCCGUUUCCCCAUCCCGCUCCCCAUCUCCCCUUCCCGCCUCCCCAUCACUCGUUUCUUUGAACCAUUUUCGUCCUUCCACCUCCUAUGCAUCUCCUUUCCCUACCUAUGCAUCGCCUAUCCCUACCUAUUCAUCUCUCUUCCUUGCCUUCGCAUCACCCCUCCAUGCCCUCGCAACCAUCUCUCCCGCAUCCCCUACUUGCCUUCGCCUACCCUUCCUUCCCCUGCCAUAACCUUUCAUCCCCCGCCAUACCCUUCCAUCUCCUGCGAUACUCUCCCAUCCCAUCCCCUUCAAACCCCUCUCAUCCCAUCCCCUUCAAACCCCUCUCAUCCCAUCCCCUUCAAACCCCUCUCAUCCCAUCCCCUUCAAACCCCUCUCAUCCCAUCCCCUUCAAACCCCUCUCAUCCCAUCCCCUUCAAACCCCUCUCAUCCCAUCCCCUUCAAACCCCUCUCAUCCCAUCCCCUUCAAACCCCUCUCAUCCCAUCCCCUUCAAACCCCUCUCAUCCCAUCCCCUUCCAGCCCCUUCGAUCCUCUUUCAGUCCCUCCCACCCCGGCAAUAA